AACAAAAUUAUUACUGUCAGGAAAGCACCAACCUGGGAGUUCCCAAGCCGAAUCAUCAAGCCACGCACACACACACUUUUUUUAUCAAUCCAACCCCUUUUAUUUUUAUUUUUAUUUUUGUUUUAUUUCAUUUAUUACACAGAUUGAUGUGUAGUUGCUAUUAUGAAAUGAACCCGUGUAUGUAUGUACUUUUUUCUGGUGAAGUUGCCCCAUUUAUUACCAAGAUUCGGUCUUCUUUUGAUUUUCUUUAUGAUGGUUAUUCAGAGGUGAAGUCACUUCGAUGUUUCUCUCUGUAAAUAGUUUUCGUGCUGGUAAUUGAUACAGAUUUAUGGUUUUCUUGAAUUUUCCUCUUCUGACAGCCUUUCUGUUACCUGUUCUAAUCAAGGGGAAACAAACAAAUACAUAGUCCCUUUCGAUCAAGUUCAGAUUUUUCUUCCCUGUCCUUUUUCUUGAGAAAUAGAGACAGCCUUUUGUUAGUUUUGUUCUAAAAGUUGAAUCUUGGGAGAAAUUAGUUAAAUUUUCUAUGAAAAAUGCCGUGCCAGGCCGUGCAAAUGUGGAGUUUGAGUGGUUUGGUGGCUGCGUUUCUUGAUCUUGUGAUAGCGUACUUGUUGCUGUGUGCAUCAGCUGUCGCUUACUUGGCGUCAAAAUUUAUGGGUUUCUUUGGUUUGAACUUGCCAUGCCCUUGUGAUGGAAUCGUUUUCAAUAUCCACAGCAAAAGUUUCUGCCUGAACAGGCUGUUGGUUGAUUUCCCAACUCAAAGGGUGUUGGAUGUUCAACUCUCUGUUAAGGAGAAAUUCCCUUUCAGUGAUUGCAUUAGUGGGAAGAAUCGUGUUUCUGAUCUUGUUGGUGAUAAUUAUGGUAAUGGGAUUCUUGAAAUAGAAGGUGAGGCAUCAUGUAGCUCUGUAUCAGAUGCAAGGAAGCCAGCAGAUGUUGCUAGGAAGGAGUUAGGUUCAAGGGCUGAGAAGUAUGAUAUGAAGGGAAAGGGGGUAAUUAAUCAUAGGCCAAAGAGUCGGUUGCGUCAGCGACGAAAGGGGGGUGGUGGCCUUGGAAAAUAUUCGUCAGUUGCAUCUUCUGAUCCUCCUCUACUUGAAGGAGGCCUAGUUGUGGAACCUUAUUCUCAUUGUAGCACCAACAAGGAGGGAAAUGGAUUGGUUGGAGAUAGCUCACUCCCUGUUGAAAAUGAUGCUGAAGUUCAUAAUCUUGAAUAUGAUGAUAAAGCUACCACAGAAGCAGAAGUGGGGCCACGAGCAGUCACCAGUUGUGAAAUGAAUCAUUCUCUUGAUGAAGAUAUGCCCAUAAAGAAAAACGUACUAUCUAUUGAAGAGCUACAAAGUAAUCCACAAGGGUUGCAAAGUUUUAGCGGAGAUGAGAAAAGUACAAUAAGACUCUUGGAACAAACACUAGAAGAAGAACGUAAUGCUCGUGCUGCCCUUUAUGUUGAGCUUGAGAAGGAGAGAAGUGCUGCUGCUACUGCUGCAGACGAGGCUAUGGCUAUGAUUCUUCGCCUGCAGGAAGAGAAGGCUUCCAUAGAAAUGGAAGCUCGGCAAUACCAGCGGAUGAUAGAAGAAAAGUCUGUUUAUGAUGCUGAAGAAAUGGAUAUUCUCAAAGAAAUCCUUUUGAGAAGGGAGAAGGAGAAACACUUUUUAGAAAAGGAAGUUGAAGCAUACAGGAUGAUAGUUUCUGUGGGGGAUGAACAAUUAGCAGGUGAUGGUUCUGAUAAGAGUUAUGCUCGACAACUUUUUGAUCUUCCGCUUGAUACAAAUGAUGAUCCAGUUUUGAUUCUUCGGCGACUCGCUGCAUCUACUGACAAGAGGACGUUGGAAAAUAAAUGCUCGGAGGAUAAACCAAAUUCUGAACAUGCCUUUGGGAAUGGAACUCUGGUUGAAUGCCAGGAUGAAACAUCUAGCUUCAAGAAACAAGGGGACUCUGACAAGCAAUCUGUACAAUUGUCAGUCUCUGAUAGUGUUGAGAACAUGGACCUUCAGGAGAAGGAGAUGAUAUCAGUAUAUAAGAACUUACAAUUGACAUCAUCAGGCCCCCAAGAAUUUGAGAAAAGUAUCCCCCUGGAUGCGAAAGAACUUGAGCAAAUACAGAGAAUGAACUUGGGCCAUGAACUGGAGGAAAAGAUUAUUGUAACUUGUUAUGGAACCAGAACAGGUGAUCCAUGUCGUGAUCCGAGUUUAAAACAGCAGCCAAAAGAUGCACAGCUUGGGUUAGUGUUAGAUAAAGACUCUUGUCUUUACGACGUUCACAUUAUUGGUGAUAAAAGCAACAUCUGUAGCGACACCAGUGUUGAUAGAAGUGAGAGAAAUUCUGCCCCAUCGGAAGCUUCUGUAACAAAGAGCGUCAAUGUUACAACAGAUCGUCAAAGUAGUAGUAGUGGCCUGGAUACUGAUGUUGAUGUCAAGAGAAGCAGUUCCGAGAUAACUAGUGGGCUUCCUCCAGUCGGGCCAAAGGGUUCAUCUCUGAUUUCUGAACUCCGACGGAGUUCCAUGUCUGCAAUGGACAGUGAAAUGCUAAAAAUUGACAGUGAAAUUGCACGUCUUCGGGAAAGACUGAAGCGUGUUCAGGAAGGAAGAGAGAAACUUGGCCUUUCUGUGGAAAGACAAGAAAAGGAAAGUACGCAGUUGAAACUUCUGGAGGAUAUUGCACGCCAGGUUCGGGAGAUUCGACAACUAACAGAACCUAGAAAAGCUGCACGGCAGGCGUCUUUGCCAAUUCCAAACUCUAAGGCUUCGUCCAAGAAAAGGAGGAGCAGAAGUGUUUCUUCAGCAUUCCAGAGAAGGUCCGAAGGUAUGAUCAGUGCCUAGGAGACAGCCAACGACUUUGCAUGCCGUCAUAUUCUAUAAUUGUAAUCAUUUUGCAUUUCCAGGAUGAUGCGCUGCUAUUUUAAUUGCAUACAACGUCCAAAAUCCAGAACCAUCCAAGACGCUACGUGAAGUUGCUAGUAGCUCAGAACAGCAGCAGUAAGCUGAAGAUAGUAUUUCUCCGGUUGCAAAUAAUAUGAUAAGUUUUAGCUCGAAUGCUGGUAGCAAUGGUAGGAAAACCGAAGAACAGUUCUAGCUAUGUAAUACCAGUUUCUUUCUCUUUAGAGUUUUGUACAGCCACAUCAACUUUGUCAUUGCUGUCUUUAUGUACAAAGUAAGCUUUUGUUCAUAAACAUUUUGUUUGUUCCUGUAUCUCUUUGUUUCA